AAAAAUUGCUUUAAAACAAUUAUAUGAUUCACAAAAUAUUACUGUUUAACUUUUAAUAGAUUAAAGAAUAUUCUAUUUAUGAAUUAAAUGAAAUUCUUUCAGUAUAUGGAAUAUCCCAAAAUACUGAUACAAAAGAUUAUAUUAUGGUUCUUGAUUAUGCAGAAGGUGGAAAUUUAUGUCAUUGGGUAAAUAAGCAUUACAAAAAAUUUGAUUGGUCAUAUAAUAUAAAUGUAUUACGUUUUAUCAUUAGUGGCCUUAAAGGAAUUCAUGAAAAUAAAAUGGUUCAUCGUGACUUUCAUACAGGAAAUAUAUUAUCAAUGUCCAAUUCUUUAGAUAAAACUAUUUCAAUGGUUAUAUCGGAUAUGGGAUUAUGUGGAAAAGUUGAUAAAAUAGAUAAAUCGGAUAUUUAUGGAGUUAUGCCAUAUGUAGCUCCUGAAGUUUUAAGAGGAAACCCUUAUACUCAAGCAGCAGAUAUAUAUAGUUUUGGUAUGAUUAUGUAUUUUGUAGCAACAGGAAGACAACCUUUUGCCAAUCGAGCACAUGAUGAAGCUUUGGCAUUAGAUAUCUGUAAAGAUGAAAGCAGACCUAAUAUAAAUGAUCAAGAAGCACCAGAGUGUUAUAUUGAUUUAAUGAAAAGGUGUUGGAAUUCAAAUCCAGAUAAUAGGCCAAAAGCAACUGAAAUAUAUGAAUUGUUUUCGUUAUUUUAUGAUUCAUAUGUUCCGGAAUCAGAUUUAUAUUUAGAAAAAGAACAACAACAUUAUGAUAUUGAAAAGCAAUUCAAAAAAGCAGAUGAAUAUAAAGAAUCAAAUUUCUUAAUUUUAGAGGAAAAAAAACAAUCAGUAACUCAUCAUCCACAAGCUUUUUAUACAUCUCAAUUACUUAAUCCUUAUACAAAAAAUCUAUCAAAAUACUAUUAUAAUUAUUCUGAUGAAUGUUCGGAUUGUGAAAUAUGA